AUGCGAUGUGCGAUGCGAAUAGGUAAAGCUGAAGCUACGGGAGGGGUCAUUUCUGCAGAGAGGAAAUUUAGAAAUGCUCCGAUCGCAACCAGCAUAAAAACUGGAGUAAAUUUCGAUUGUCCCGAAGAAUUCGGGUAUUAUCCUCACCCUAGCGACUGUACGCAGUACUAUGUCUGUGUAUUUGGUGGAGCACUUUUGGAGUCGUGUACAGGAGGUCUCAUGUACAGUCAUGAGCUGCAAACGUGCGAUUGGCCGAGAAACGUCGGUUGCGAUGGUUUAGAUGCUCCAGGCUCAUCAACUUCUUUCUCUUACAACACACCGUCGAGAGGUAAGGAAAGGACAAGAGAAAAGGAAAAUGUUAGGGAUGAGCAAAGAUCGAAAUAUUCACCGCCUCCGCCACCACCGCCUCCAGCUCAACCAGCUGCUGUUGUUACAUCUAGAGGGCAACCCAGGAAUUUGCAUCAGAAUCAACAGGAAAUUAUAAAGAGAAAACAACAACAACAACUGUAUGCUGAUGCAGAAGAAACAUUACCACCAGCUGAAGAAAUCGAAAAUGAUCGUCAACAACGCGUUUAUCGUGGACAACCUUCAACAAUUGGUCAAGUACAAAGAGAUCGAGAUGGUCUCAGACAUUCUAAUGCCAUAUCUUCGUAUAGUGGAAGGGGCGAAAAAAUCGGUGUUAUAUCAUUUGGAACUCAAAAUCAGCACUACAGAUCGACUGAUAACAACACAGUACUAAAAUAUUUGACAUCAAAUAAGAGGAGACAAAAGAGACAAAUACGCAAAAGUCGCUAUCCCGAAACCAUACACCAUCAUCAAGGGACUCAAAAAAAAGUGCAAUUUCAGCCACUGACUGAACACCCUUAUAGUAAAACAAAGAGAAUUAGUUUUAAUCCCAGUGCUCCUAUAAGUAACAACGAAGAAGAAUUUCACCCUUUUACGCCCAGUUACCAAAAAUCCAGUAAUUACCAAUACAUCGCUUUCGGAAAAUACGCUGAUGAACCCAGAACAUCUACCUCUAGAUACGUCGAUGAUUACACAAAUCUAAGAUCUAACGAUGGGAAUCGCUAUAGUAUUAAAUACAAACCAUCGCCUAUCAUAAUAAUGCAAGCAGAAACAGAAAAACUUCUCUCCAGUACACCAAACCAAUCGAUAAAAACCAAUAAAAGCAGCCAGCUAACUCAAGCCAUCGUAUCACCUUAUACAGAAAUAACUAGCACAACUGAACCAUUACAAAAUAACUUGAAAGAAAGUAAAACUAACGAAACUACCAACAACAAAGCCGUUGUAAACGAAGCACCCACGGAGCAUUUUAUGUCCAGCAGCAAUUUCAACCCAUUUGCCAAUCCUAACUUCGAUUUUGAAGAGUUUUUGAAACGAUACGAAGAAUUCAUAACGACGACCGAGAAACAGACUACAAGUAAACCACCAACGACAACAGUAACUUCGCCUUCUCCGAACACUUAUCGAUAUCCUGAUGAAAGUGAUAAACACAGGAAUAUUUUCGAUGCUAGUAAUUAUGUUUAUAAAAAUUUAGGAAACGGCUCGGUGUUAGUCAUUCCUAAAACUGAGACCUAUCAAACUCUAGGAUGCAGUACGAACAAGAGUAUGUGCUCGCAAGAUAUUAAACAGGAACCUAAACCAUAUUCGAAAGUAAGACCAGCUGUCAAAAUUAACCAGCUAAACAACUCGAAUGAUUACUACUAUUACUAUUACGAAGAUGAGUCGAUACCUGAAGAUAAAAGGAAUAAUAAGGAUUAUAUCUAUUAUUACGAUGAUGAAUAUUAUUAUCCUGAUAUUGAUUUGAACAAGAAAACUAAUAGUACUCCUGUUCCACAUACGAAAAGUACUACUGAAUUUCCACAAAUUAUCACUACUUCAUCAAGUUCAACUACUGCAAGACAAAAAACAACUUCUGAAAAUAAUUCUACACCGAGAUCUUCUAGAGGUAGCGCAAGUAGAAAGAAAAUCGAAGAAAUGUCUAGACCACAAACAACAACACAAUCCAAUUCAGUUAAUACUAAAAGACCUCACAGGAAGAUUAAUCGAAGUGAAGAAAAAACUGUUGCUCCACAACAAGCCUCUGUUUCCGCUGUGACUGCUCCAGCAAGAAACAUUUAUAACGCAUCGCAGUAUAACGACAACCGUUAUGAGCCUUAUUACGCCCUUUACGAAGACGAUGUUGAAAUAUAUCGAGACGAAUAUCCCGCCAAUGAGAACAAUUACAACAGUAAUAAUCAGCAUGGAACAUCUACUGCUUAUAGGGGAACAUCGCCCAUUAGUACAGUCACGACGGCUUCCGUGAGAAAUGAAAUACCAAGACGCGGUAAUACUGUUUAUAUUGAAAACAAUAUAAACCAUCAAGACAUUUAUCAACCAUCUACAGCCUCUGAUUACGCUGAUAACAAUAAAUAUGACAAUCAGGCUGAUGAUCAAGGAUCUUACAAACAAAGCAACAGACAAUCUUACAGGGGAGACAGGAAUGAAUUGAAUGAUGUUGAAGAGGUUACCACUAAAAGAUCAACUAAAAGAACAACUACUUCUACAACAACCACAACAAGAAAACCUACUAGUACAACAACAUUCACAACUACGACCCAACGAACUAUUCAUCUAAAAACAAGUUCACAAACCCCAACGAGCACGCGACCUGAUCCAACAGACCAGAAUCAAUCAAUUGCAGAAACCGUUUUAAACGCAAUCCCAUCAAACUACCAACAAUCAUACGACAAAUACGAACCUUUUCCUCCUACAUACCUCGAAACUCCUGAUGAUUCUAUCAACACUCCGAAUGUUACGUUCGUCAUAUUCGAUUCUUAUCCCGAUUCUCAGCAAAUCGUUGUAAAAAACGUUUCAGAGACGAAUUUUAAUGAGCCAAUACCAACCACUAACAGACCUGCUUAUCAUUAUGUUACAAAAGCUAGCCCUACUUCAACUACGACUAGUGCUACCACUAGUACUACCACAACUCAAAUACCGGAUGAAAAUUUAUCGCGCAGUAAUUCUGUAAAUAGAUAUCCUUCUCUUACGCAAGUUAUAACCCCGACUACUUACUCGCCGUUUAGAUUUGUUUUAAAAGCUCCUAUUGCAAAGCCGGUAUUAAUAGAAACAACGCCGAUUUCGAACAACUGGAAAUCCAACUCGAACCCGCUUGUCUACCAAAACACUCAAAGCAACAAUCUUAAAGCUUACAAAGCUUUGAAGGCUGUAAGGAAAGUAUUAAAUCCUGUAUCACUCAACUACGAAUUAUCUCCAUCUAAUGCACAAGAUUUAUCGGAAGAAGAACCCGUCAAAUUGAAAUAUAUCGCAAGUGAUGUGAGAAUAAAUAACGAUAAAUUUGUACCAACAAACACAAGAUUUGUAAACAAAAAACUUCCUAGUUACCAUAAGAUAACUACUUCAACAGAAACAACUACUUCCACGGAAAUAACAUCACCAUCAAUUCGAACAGACAAUGAUAGCAAAGAUGCUGAAGAAAAUCAUUCGAAAGAAGUAGAAUUAGGUUCAACAGAGACGUAUUCAAAUACAAAAACUACGAAAAGACCGAGACAAGACCAUUUUUCUAAACAAGAACCCAAACCUUUUUCCAAACCCAUUAUAACAACAACGACUAAAGCAAAUUUUCUGCAUAAUGAUUCGAACCCAACUAGAGCGUCACGUGUCAACGCCGGUAUUAAAUCUCUCAUUUCACUUGGCGAGACGCGAGGAUUCAAUAAAAACAAAGAGGGUGUUAUUUUCCCUUCAAAAAAUUAUUCCAACAAGAGAACACCAUCAAGGGGACGUGGUUCAGUACAAUACUCUGGUGCAGGUGACCAAAUAACUAAUAACGAAGUAAUUGUCACUAACAAUCGGGGUACACCACCUACUCGAUCUAGACCGACGCUCAAACCAUCUACCUCAAUUGUAUCUAAAGCUCAAGAAUACGUAGAUGUCUAUAGAUACCCACCAAGACGACCUGAUCCGAUUUAUCCGCAACCCCAAGUCGAUAAAACAGCCGCCAAAUGUCGCAAAGAUGUUUGUUUGCUUCCCGACUGCAGUUGCGGUGGCAAAGAAAUUCCUGGUGACCUUCCCGUGGAGCAAGUACCACAAAUGGUUCUUUUAACUUUCGACGAUUCGGUUAAUGAUUUGAACAAAGGUCUGUACCAAGAUUUAUUCGAAAAAGGUAGAACGAAUCCCAACGGAUGUCCCAUAGCUGCUACAUUCUAUGUUUCCCACGAAUGGACUGAUUAUAGUCAGGUCCAGAAUUUAUAUUCAGAUGGUCACGAACUUGCUUCUCACACAGUAUCGCAUAGUUUUGGAGAACAAUUCUCGCAAAAGAAAUGGACUCGAGAAGUUUCAGGGCAACGGGAAAUCCUCGCUGCCUACGGCGGAGUUCAUCUCGAAGACGUCAGAGGAAUGAGAGCUCCUUUCUUAUCAGUUGGUGGUAAUAAGAUGUUCAAAAUGUUGUACGAUUCCAACUUUACUUACGAUUCAUCUAUGCCAAUCUACGAAAACAAACCUCCCAGCUGGCCGUACACUUUGGAUUACAAACUCUUCCACGACUGCAUGAUACCUCCGUGUCCCACCAGAUCUUAUCCUGGUGUUUGGGAAGUGCCCAUGGUGAUGUGGCAAGAUUUGAACGGAGGAAGAUGUUCCAUGGGUGACGCUUGCAGUAACCCUCCCGACGCAGAUGGCGUUUACAAAAUGCUCCUGAAAAACUUCAUGAGGCAUUACACCACUAAUAGGGCUCCAUUCGGUCUGUUCUAUCACGCUGCCUGGUUUACCCAACCACACCAUAAAGAAGGUUUCAUCAAUUUCAUCGAUACGAUCUUGGCUAAAAAUGAUGUUUGGUUCAUGACAAACUGGCAAGCUAUUCAAUGGGUUAGGGAUCCGACUCCUAUUUCUAGAAUUGGAUCGUUCCAACCAUUCCAGUGUAACUAUCAAGACCGUCCUAAAAGAUGCAACAAUCCGAAAGUAUGUAACUUAUGGCACAAAUCUGGAGUAAGAUACAUGAAGACUUGCCAACCUUGUCCAGAUAUCUAUCCGUGGACCGGAAAUACAGGAGUUAAAAGUAGCAAAAUCGAUAACGAUAUUGGGGAUUAAUUUAGUUAAUUUCAGUACUCUCAUUAGCUAUGAAAUUAUGUUUUGUUAGAAGUAAUCGCGAAAAAAGAUAUUUGUAAAAAUCGACUGUAUAAUAGAAUGCGACUUUAUGAUUGAUGCACACUCUGGGGUAUGGUCACAUUCUAAACAUAUCGAUAUUGCCUGCCAUAUAAAAUAGUUUAUUUUUAAAAUACUUUUCGAGACAUUCAAUAAUCGCUUUUGGCUGUAAAUUUAAUUCUACUUAAAUUGAUCAAUUAAUACUGUUUAAUAUUAUUUAUAGGGAAGAAAUUGUUUUAAAUUUUUUUCUCUUUUACUUAUAAUAUUAAACAUAUAUAUUUUUUAUACUUACGUAAACAUUUCAAACAUUAAGGGUAAUUAAUAGCUUUGAUAGAGAACUUUCUUGCUAUUUUUCGUCCUUGUUUGGAUGAAAGUAUUUAAGUUAUAACGAAUUUAAUCAAAUAUUAUCAUUAUUGCUACUUUUUCCAUGUUCUAAAUCAGAAAUUGGUAGAAUUACAUGUAUGGGAGUAAGUACAUACAUAACUAUACUUUAUUUAUAAAAAUUUUCGAUGUUGUUCAGGUGUCGAGAACAAAAGGCUCUUCAUACCUCAUCAACAUCCUUACAUUUAAACUUAAAUUAGCUGUAAAUAUAAAAUAAUUUUUGCGGAAUAAAAAUUAGUUAAUUAAAAAAAUAUCCUUAGCAUUAAGUAAAUAAGUUAUGUUGUACGAAGCAAGUAAUUUAAAACUGUAUUUACUUACUUUUUUAAUUUAUGGUUUUCCCAAAUAGCAGUGGUUGGUAACUACCAACGAAAU